UCAGGCACAAAAAAAGGAAUUAGGAAGAGCUUGGGAAAUCCACUGAUUUGUUUUCUUCUAAAGUCUUUAUUGAGCAGCUUUGGAGCCUGUGGUUUAAUGUGAGCAGUAAGGCUGGUGCUGUAAUCUGGGGAUUUCCUCCCAGCCCUGGCAGUGGAUGUGUGCCAUAGCUGGGCAGGGGGAGCAGAUCAGGAGGCAGGGAGUCACCAGCAGCAGUAAGCAGCCAGCUCUGUGAGCAGCCCCUGCAGCCCCCUCUCUUGGUCACACACAGAAGAGAAGGAGGAGGAGGCUGUGCUGCUGUCACACACACACACACACACACACACUGCUCCUGUUCAGGGUAACCCGGCCUCUCUAUGCACUGACUGGUGCUGUCACACCGCAGGACCGUCUGGCAGUGAGAGCCGCUGUUUGACCGGGUUUGCUCUAUGCCUGGCCUCUCACUAACCUACUACAGCAAGAAACACUACCUAUCCCGGCCGGGUACUGACACUGCAAGACCCGCACCAACAGCACAGCAGGAUGAUGUGAAUACAGAGCUCCAGCGAGGCCGGCUGCCGCAGGUUACUCCUUUGGAAUAUUCUCCUGAUCGCUCACCUCAAAUUGUAGUAUGUUAAAAUUUGGAUAUAUCGUUUGAAACAGGGCUUGCUUUGCUUUGAAUCUAGAAGCCAGCUAAUAAAGGGUCUUUAUGAAAGCUGUGUCUGAAGCGAUGUGGUGAAAUCAAGUUACCAUAGAUUUGGGAAAUAUUGGAAUAAUGGGCUGUGUGCAAUGCAAGGACAAAGAAGCAACCAAACUGACAGAUGAGAGGGACAACAGUUUAACUCAGAGUUUAGGAUACCGCUAUGGGACUGAUCCCACCCCGCAGCACUAUCCCAACUUCACUGUGACCACAAUUCCAAAUUAUAACAAUUUCCAUGGCUCUGCUGGGCAGGGACUUACAGUCUUUGGAGGGGUGAACUCCUCAGCUCACACAGGCACCUUGCGCACCAGGGGUGGUACAGGGGUUACACUUUUCGUGGCUCUUUAUGACUAUGAAGCAAGAACGGAAGAUGACCUAAGUUUUCAGAAAGGAGAGAAAUUCCAGAUACUUAAUAGUUCUGAAGGUGACUGGUGGGAAGCUCGGUCAUUGACGACUGGUGGAACUGGUUACAUCCCAAGCAACUAUGUGGCUCCAGUGGAUUCCAUUCAAGCUGAAGAGUGGUAUUUUGGCAAAUUGGGCAGAAAAGAUGCAGAGAGGCAGUUGUUAUCCUUUGGAAACCCAAGGGGUACUUACUUAAUACGUGAAAGUGAAACCACCAAAGGUGCCUAUUCAUUGUCAAUCCGUGACUGGGAUGAUAUGAAAGGAGAUCAUGUCAAGCACUAUAAAAUUCGAAAGCUUGAUAACGGAGGUUACUAUAUCACAACUAGAGCCCAGUUUGAAACUCUUCAGCAACUUGUUCAUCACUACUCAGAGAGAGCUGCCGGUUUGUGCUGCCGCUUGGUAGUGCCCUGCCAUAAAGGAAUGCCGAGGCUUACUGACCUGUCUGUCAAAACCAAAGAUGUCUGGGAAAUCCCAAGAGAAUCCCUACAGUUGAUCAAAAGACUGGGAAAUGGGCAGUUUGGGGAAGUAUGGAUGGGUACAUGGAAUGGAAACACCAAGGUGGCAAUAAAGACCUUGAAACCAGGCACCAUGUCUCCAGAGUCAUUUUUGGAGGAAGCUCAGAUUAUGAAGAAACUGAAGCAUGACAAACUUGUGCAGCUCUAUGCGGUGGUGUCCGAAGAGCCCAUCUAUAUUGUCACAGAGUACAUGAGCAAAGGAAGUUUGCUGGAUUUUCUGAAAGAUGGAGAAGGAAGAGCCUUGAAGUUGCCCAAUUUAGUAGAUAUGGCUGCACAGGUAGCUGCCGGCAUGGCGUACAUUGAACGAAUGAACUACAUACACAGAGAUUUACGGUCUGCAAACAUUUUGGUUGGAAACGGUCUCAUUUGCAAGAUCGCUGAUUUCGGACUAGCAAGAUUGAUUGAAGACAAUGAGUAUACAGCAAGGCAAGGAGCAAAGUUCCCAAUAAAAUGGACAGCCCCUGAAGCAGCACUGUAUGGAAGGUUUACAAUAAAGUCAGAUGUAUGGUCAUUUGGCAUUUUACUGACGGAGCUAGUGACGAAGGGAAGAGUCCCAUACCCAGGAAUGAAUAAUCGUGAGGUUUUGGAGCAAGUAGAGCGUGGUUAUAGGAUGCCAUGUCCGCAGGACUGUCCCAAUUCCCUGCAUGAGCUUAUGCUUAACUGCUGGAAAAAAGACCCAGAGGAGCGCCCUACUUUUGAGUAUCUACAGAGUUUCCUUGAAGACUACUUUACUGCCACCGAACCCCAGUACCAGCCUGGAGACAACCUGUAAAGUUGUGCCUGCAUAAAAUAUUGCUCCAGGUCCAAUUCCCUAGAUCUCUCUUCCACUUUAAAGACUGCCUUCCGUAACACGAAGCUGAAUCUUCCAGUGCGGAAUGCACACACAUGGGAAGUUUAAAAACUUUUGGGGAAUCUUUCAUGACCACUUAAUCUAAUAAUCAGAAUGUCCUCUUUUAAAAGAAAAUUAAAAAAAAAUUAAGAAUGAGAAAGGAUAAAAAAACAAAAGAAACUUUACUUCUCAAACAAAGACUUUGGUAAUGCAUUGUAUUGAUGUUAUGUAAACUGCAAAACCUCUCUUCACUGUAAAUAUUAACUCUGUGCCAAUUCCCAGCAUUACAGCUAUUUCUUUUUUUAUUAUUAAAUGCAAAACCCGCA